GGGAAAGGAGGAAAAAGCUGCAAACUUCUACCCCGACUCUUCGCCUGCAUCGGGGUGGUUCAGACGCAGGCGGGCGGGGACGAUGUGGGUCUGGUAUCUGCUCCUGGGUUCGGGCCCCGGCUCCAGCUCGAAAGCCAGCUGCUCCCAGGGAACAACUUCACCACGGAAUGCAACAUUCCCGGGAACUUCAUGUGUGGGGACGGGACGUGCGUGCCGGGGGCCUGGCAGUGCGAUGGGCUCCCCGACUGCUUUGACAUGAGUGAUGAGAAGGGCUGCCCCAAGGUGAAGUCCAAGUGUGCGCCCACCUUCUUCGCCUGUGCCAAUGGGGUGCACUGCAUUAUCGGACGUUUCCGCUGCAAUGGGUUUGAUGACUGUCCGGAUGGCAGCGACGAGGAGAACUGCACAGCAAACCCACUUCUGUGCUCCACAGCACGGUUCCACUGCAGGAACGGGCGCUGUGUGGAUCGUAGCUUCCUGUGCAAUGGUCAGGACAACUGUCAGGACAACAGCGAUGAGGAGCACUGCGAGAACACCUCAGAGGCCCCGGGUCAGGACUUCGUGACCCUGGACUACAGGCUACGCUACUACCCCAGUAUCACAUAUGCAGUCAUAGGCAGCGCUGUCAUCUUUGUCCUGGUGGUGGCGCUCUUAGCCCUAGUGCUACACCACCAGAGGAAGCGCAGUGUCCUCCUGCCCCGUGUUGGGCAGCCCCUGCAGCGCCUGCACCAGCCCUUGCUGUUGUCCCGGCUGGUCAUCCUGGACAGGCACCAGGCCUCCGCUUCCUACAGCUCCAGCCGCGGCAUCCAACUGCUCUCCGGAGCCCUGUAUCCCCGCAGUGCAGCUGUGGACUCACCGCCAUCGUACUCUCAGGCUGUCCUGGACCUAAGCCGACCUCCGUGGUUUGAUCUCCCACCUCCGCCUUACCCCCCUGACACUGAAGAGUUAUCCCCUGGCGACUUGCCCCCCUACCAGCCCAGGAGAGGCAGCACCUACACCCCGGGGACCCCUGGAGCCGAGGGCGGAGAGACUGGCUCACGGGACAGGUCAGAGCCGCGGCUGUAGCCACACAGGAGCAUACAGGGGGCAGUCCAGCAGCAGAAAAGCACUUCCCGCUCUCCACCAUGGUGCCUGAGAACAUUCAGAUGAGUUGGAUAGCUGUACUCUCAACUCUGCGGACCCCCCCCAACAGCAGAGCACUCCUCGUCCUCCGCCCACGAGAUGAGAUACCUGGUAGCAUUUGGCUGCAGCCUAGUCUCUCCCUCUCACCCACAUGGACUACGAUCUGUGCAAAACGAGCGUUCAAAAUCAUCGCUCAGCAUUGGACCAGGACUUAUUUAUUUUCCAAAAAGGAAGCUAGAUGAACUAAAUUUGAAAAACAUUGGCCUUAAUCAAGGAUUCAGACGGAAGGUAAAUUCUAGUCCAGCUAGUCCAGCUGCACUUGUGCCUUGCAGGUCAUCACUUUGGAGUUGUUUCUGAAUACAUCCAGCUGGCUCCACAUAACAACAACCUCAACCACCUCAUAGCUUCACACUUACAUGUCUGACUGGGUCUCUGAGGUUCCUUUAGGGGAUCAGACAAUGGCUGAAAGACUGGUCACAAGUGAAAAUUGUAAUAACAUAUCUGCCAUAUUGACUUAAGAUAGUUGUUCGAGCUGAACAAAUACUCAUUUUAAAUGUCCUAAAUGGUCUUUCUACAGAUUUCUAACAGGUACCAUAUGUUCUAAACAUUUUAACAUUUUAUCAGUUUUAGAGAAUGGUAUUUAUAUUGAACUCCACCUCCAGCACUUUUUGUUUGUGUUUGUGCUUUCCAAAAUCACUGUGUAAUAUGUAAUAUAAUACAGUCUUUCCAUGUUUCAUGCAGUCCAGAAACUCACCUUACCACUUCAUACAAAGCAUGGUGGUAAAACACAUCAUUGAAAAAUAUGUAUAUAUAGUAACAUUACAUAUGCCUGAAAAUAUUGAAGUAUUUUUCCACAUAUAAAGAAAUAUAUUUUAAAGAUGUAUUCUUUUUUAUUAAAAUUUGAUUGUGGGGCUCAUUGACAUAUUGACAAAAGUGCAGUAAGACAAUUUGUUUUUGUCAAAAAUAGUAUUUUCAAUAUUUGAAUAUGUUAAUAAAAUAUUUUCCUAUAUUUGUGAGAGGCACAAAGGUAACAAAUGAGUAUUAGAACUCACAAACAGCAUUUGUCAUGUUUUUUUGCCUCUCAGUAUAUUGUAUUUCUCUAGCCAAUUUCAAUUGAUUAAGUGAAUAUUUUAAAAGCAAGAUACAGCUAGAUUUAGGUCAGGAUGUGGUACACUGGCAAGUGUUAAAAUUGUGACGUCUUGCGUUUCCUUAUAAUAAAUGUGUGCGUCUCUUUGGA